AUGAUUUUUUCAAAGCUAGAUUUUUUCUCUUCUCAGUUUUCUUUUAACACUGGUAAUCAUUAGGCAAAGAGAGGGACUUUAUUUGGAACUUUACUUUCAUUCAUUGUGUUUACUACAACAAUAGUCUAUUUUGUUUAUAUUUUUACACAGUAUAUUACCAAUCAAAUCGACCCUAUUUUUAGAUCUUAAAGCUUAAUUAGCCAAGGUUUAAUUUAGACAGGACUUAGUAGCGAUUUGAUUGGGUUUCGAUUUGAAUAUGGUAGUAGCUCUUAUGAAGAAUUAUAUCCUAAAAAUUAUACUUAUCUGGUGUUUUUAGCAUAUCUUUAAUAUACUACUCCUGAUAUUAACAUACUGAUACCACUUAAUGUUAUUAACUGCACAAAUCCUGAUCUAGAAGGAUUCAAAUGUCUGGAUUUUUCAAAUGUAAAAAACUAUACGCUGUUUCUUGACACAGAUAAAAAUAUGAAAUCUACCGUUUAGGUACAAACUUACGGUUGCAGAGAUAUUGAUACUUUGAAAACUACUGUUCCAGAUAAUUGCGCAGAUUAAUCUCUAAUUGAUAAUAUGAUUAAUGGUAUAAACUCUAUUUUAAGGUUUAAAAUUUAAACAUCUCAAUAUAACACAGCUACACAAAGAAAAGAAGUUAAUUAUAGAAAUUCUUAUGUCUAUACAGUUGCUAAUUAAUAAAUUGUAACAUAGUUAAAAACCCAGAUUUAGAAUACUUCUAUAAAAUCAGGAUUAAUAGUUUAGUCAUAAACAAAUUUCACUUCUCCAAUUUAAUGUAAUUAAUAAGAUCAAAGUAUUGAUAGAAAUUAUGCACUUGUUAAUAUAGGAGCAGGAUCAUAUAACAUGAUGAUAUUAUUAGUUGAUGAGAUUGUUUAGCAUAUUCAAAUUUAAUAUCCUACAUUACCUUAGGUUUUAGCGUUAGUAAGUAGCAUUUUUACUCUAUUGAUGAUGAUCGGGUUUUUUGGAAGAAUGGUCUCUCAAAAAUCGAUUUAAUAAGACUUAUUAAAACUGUUCUUAAAAAAUAUUUACUAAGAUAAUUAUUUGGGGAUGCUAAAAAAAGCUAAUAAUAAUAUUAAAUAGUAAUAAAAUUAAUAGAGCACUUAAAUAAAUAAAAAUAAUUUAGUUGGUGGGGAAUAAAAAUAAACUAAAUAAAGGUAGGUUGACAAGUAAUAAGAAAUUGAAUAAUAAGUAUAUGUUCCAACUUUUUAAAAUAAAUAAAAAAAGUUAUUGGAUUUAGAAUAACUAACUAUUUUGAUGUUACUAAAAAAAGACUAACUAGCAGCUCUUCAUCUUGUAGGAUGUUCUUCAAGUUACUUUGAUAUAGAUUUAAAUAAUAUUAAAUCUGAUACUGAUGGAUAAGGACAAAAGUAAAAUUUAAGCUACUAUGAACAAUAGCUAACCAUUUUAUAAUCAGAGCAGCUCUAAAAUUAGUAUAUUCAAGAUUUUUUAUCAAAAUUCUCUGAUAAUCAAAAUGUAAAUGAAAUAGAUAUCAGAAUAUAGUCUUCAAUUUAAAAAUGUCAUUUAAACUGA